UGGGACGGUCUGCUAAGUUGUAAGACGCGGGGAAAAGUCGAGCUCCGAGCGCUUUGGGUCGAGCGCGCUGGUUGUUUUGGUUUGUGAAAGGACAACGCUGGAAGGGGGAAAAAUGUCCCGGACUGGCUAAAUAGACUGUUAUCCGGGGUGUCCCGGAGAAGCGGGAAGGUGUAGAGAUGCAGGAAGGCGUCCGUUUUGCUUCUUCAGGAGAUGACGAUGUUAAAAUAUGGGAUUCAUCUUCUAUAACUAUUGUGGACCAGUUUACUCCACAUGCAUCUUCUCACCCAGUUAAUUCAGUAUGCUGGGGUAGCAACAAUAACUUUUUGGUAACAACGUCAGCUGUUGGUGAUAAGAUAGUGAUUUCAAAUUGUAAAGGAAAACCAGUUCCACUCUUUGAACUAGCUGAAGGGGCAAAGCAAACAUGUAUAAGCUUGAGUUCGAAUUCAAUGUAUAUUGCAAGUGGAGGAAUUGAUAGCACUGUUAAUAUCUGGGAUUUAAAAUAUAGAAAACUUCACCGAUCUCUUAAGGAUCAUAGAGAGGAAAUAACUUGUGUGUCAUUCAAUUGGAAUGAUUGCUAUGUUGCUUCAGGAUCCUUGAGUGGUGAAAUUAUCCUGCAUAGUAUUGCUACAAAUUUAUCCAGCACUCCAUUUGGUCAUGGAAGCACGCAGAAUGUUGGGAAAUUAUUGUUCAACAUUCCAAAACUGAAUAAACAGGGCCAGGUUUUGUGUGGGGUAAGAAACUGGCAGAAUAGCUUGACACAGAGCAGCAGUUUGGAUGUAAUUCCUUCCAAAGAGAUGGACCAUGGGUAUACUUCUAAUUCAACUAAUUUUGAAGAUUUGGGAAGAAAUAGUUUGGGUGACCUAUUUUCUCCACUUCGAGAUGAUGUUGUGGCUUGUAAAGCAAAUGAAGAUGUUCCAGGAAAGAAUGAUGGUUUGGAUUUUCAGUCUUAUCUUUUAAGCAUGGAUUUUCUCUCUCAGUUUAAUACUGCUUUACCAGCAAAAAAAAAUCCAGCAGGAUCAAAUCCACAUAUUAUUCAUUCAAGUCCAUUUAAUGUAUUUGGUGGAUCCCCCAUUAAAGAGGAAGAUGAGCAUCCAGAUAUUGAUGCUAAAAAAAUAAAUCAUGGAAAACAAGAAUCCAGUGAGCACAUCAAGCAGUUGAACGCCUCGAACUCUGAUUCACCUCUGAGUACUCCACCUGUUGCCAAUUUAAUCAAGAGUCCUGAUUCCAGAGAAAGACUCAUUAAGAAUAUCCAGACACAACUUUUAUAUGAAUCACCAAUUAACGGUACUACCUCAACAAGUCCAAAGAUAACCUCCAAUAUUACUUCUGGAGUUGCUAGUACACUAUCAGAGAAAAUAGUAGAUACUAUUGGAAAUAGCCGAUUGAAUGCACCUUUAUCAUCAAUACAAAUUCAUUUCAUUCAGAAUAUGAUACAAGAAACUUUGGAUGAUUUCAGGGAAGCUUGUCAUCGUGACAUUAUAAAUUUGCAAGUAGAAAUGAUCAAACAGUUUCAUGUUCAGUUGAAUGAAAUGCAUGCCCUACUUGAAAGAUACUCUAUAAAUGAUAGUUUAGUAGCUGAAAUUGAAAGAUUGCGUGAAGAAAAUAAAAGACUUCAAACCCACUUCUGACAGAUUCCUAUUCAUGUGGAGAAAAUAAUUUGAUAUUUUUGUUCCAAGUGGCUAAGACAUCAUGAUGUCAUCUGAUAAUUUCUGAAGUAGAGUGUAACUUCAAUAUUUCUUUCAGUACCAAAUAUUUUUAAUUGUAGAAAAGCAAUAGAUACUGACUUAAUAUAGUAAAUGCACUUACAUUUGUAUCAAAGUGUUUCUAUGGUAAAGAAGUCAGAUGAAAAUUGAGACUAACAGGAUUAUUAACCGAUUCCCUAUCUGUGUAUAAAGUGCCUUUAUAAAAAAGGAAACUAAAUAGAAAAUGUAUUUUGUAUAACAAUUCAUCAACCUUCUUUGCCUUGUGUGGUGUUGAUGGAACUUUCUCCUUUUAGACUGAAAAAAAUGCAAGUGCCUGACUUUUGAUUUUUAUAUUGUACGUGCUCUUUAAAAGCCCAUAUCUUUCCUACGAUGGUUACUUUGUAAGUGUAGAAUACAACUCUAAUAUGUAACUCAAUUGUAAACAAAAUACCCUCAGUUUUCUAUAUAAUUUCAAAAUACAGUUUGAAUAAACAAUAUGUGUAAUCUCGUCUAAACAUAUUUGACCCAAUAGUAUUACUGUACUAAAAUCAGCAAUUCUUCAAUCUGUUCUUUCAGUAUAGUUUUAUUGAUUUCUAGUGCAGCCAUAGUCAAACGCAGUUAUUUCAGUUUGACUUCGGUAUUUGGUAGAUUUUUUGUUAUUAAAGUUGUACAAUUGAAUGGGCUUAAUGUAAUUUAAUAUGCAAAACAAAACAACUAAACUGUUCAGCUACCCAAUGGGUUAAAAGUAUCUCCUGGAUAUUCCUGUCACCAAUUAUUUUUUAAAAGAAUGCAAUUUCCAUAAUAGAAACAUGUGCCUCUGAUGUAAAUGCAGAAAAUGUUUUCUGAUAGUCCAGUUGUAUCAAGUUGAUACAAUUCUGUAAAAUGGUUAGUUUAUCCAUUAUAAUAUAAAUUUUAUUGAGAUUAUCAUAAUAUAAAAUACAAAUGAAAAUAAAGUUGGUAGAGAAAUGUGGAAGGGAAAGAAAGUGGAAGGAAAGGUAUGGGAUAAUAGGGAAGAGAGAAAAAAAAUAUUCCAGCUUUUUUUCACAUCAGUAAAAUGCAAAAAAAUGGUUAAUUAUCCAUGUGUACAUGGUGAUACAGUCUAUUCCAGAAUAAAAAGAGACUGCCUUUGAACGCAGCAGACUGUACUUAUUGCAGCUUUGUAAACCCAAAUUGGCCUCCUUCAGGAUGCUGCAGUCAUGGAUUUUAUCCAUCAACAAGGAGUUUGGAUUACAUUUUCAAAAGAUUGUGUCAAAUUGUCCAGUACUACACUAAAUUCCACAAAAUGUAAAGAUAUUUCAAUAUUUUAAUAACAUGAAUAAUGCAACUUGAAUUUGAUUUUCCAGGUGCCACUUAGUUGGUAACAAGCUAGCAUAGCUAUUUAUAAGUAUAGCAAACUGAUUUUAGGAAGGAAAGUUCUGAUUUCCAGAAUUGUGUAUGCAUUUAAUAUAAAUGGCUCCAUUAAAGCCUUUUGUUUUCUAUUCAUACCACAAAUCAGCAGAAUUACAGUAUUCAGAAAGGAGUAAUAUGCAGCAAUUCUAUACAUUUUUCAUAUAGGACUUGUAGUAGAUGGUUAUACUAACCCUGAAAUUGACAAUGAACCUGUGGGAAUUACUGUGAAAGGCAGUGUGUUUAAGAACAUGAAUCAGUUUUAAUUUCUUAUGCAGGUAAUGCAUAUUAUUUUGGCAGAAGAUAUAAAAUACUUGGAAAAUGUGUCAAAACCUUGUGCUUGUCUUCCUUCCUUAUAUAUCUUUUCCAUUAUCUAAAGCAUUUGAUAAUUUCAGGUCUCUUGUUACACAUAGCAGAAUUUAUAUGACAUGUUACUUUCUUUUAUAUUCUGCAGAACCAAAAUCAUGAAACUGUUCAGUGUUUAAAAAUGUAAUCUAUGAAAUGCUUUCAUACAGAGUAUAUAGACUAUUCAAUGCUUUUUGUACAUCUGAUUUAAAGAUCUGACUGUUUUCUGUUCCCAGUAAUCUGGCAUGGAAGGUGCUUGUCUUUCACAUGACCUCUUAGAAUCAUUUACAGAAAAUGCAACCGUAUUAGAUUCUUUUGUAAACCUGCCCUAUACAGAAAUGCUUCCAAGAUUCUAUCCAAAAUUCUAUGCAGAAGAAAUGUUGAAAUGUAAUGUAUAUUUAAAAAUCAUAUUGUCACAAACUAAAAGAAAAUCUUCAGCUAAGUAUUGUUAUGGAAGAUCUGUACUAGAAUACUGCUUUUGAACACGUGUAAGAUAGCCAGGAUUUUAAAAAUAAGACGUGACAAGCACAAUAUAUAAGCUACAUUGAUGGGAAUGUUGGCUUUGGUGAGUGGAAACCAGAAUGAAACUCAUGGUGAGUUCUUAAUUUACUGAACCAGUUUCCCACUGUGAAAUCCACAGGUUUCUGUUCUGAGUGAAUUUUGGCAUGCUGUUCCAUUUUUCAGUUUAAUAUGCUUUCUUUGUUCAUUUACUAAAAACAGAGAGUGUUGUGUGGUAUCAUAAAAUCCAAUCCAAUUAACUUUUAAAAUAUUUUAAAGUAAAUAUUGUCCUUUUAUUGAUAUCACAGUUAUAUGGUUGCUAUCAUUAUGUUGUUUAUUAUUAUAGCAUGAUUUUAUUGUACAUAUAGUAUCUGUGAGAGACAUGGAUGGUUCAGAAAUGUGAAAAAUAAAUAAAAUGAGAUUCAAGGCAGAAACCAUAAAUAUGUUCGUUUAAUAUGAUGAGAAAAAAAAAAGAGUGAACUUGGUUCUACAUUUUAGAGAAAAAAGAUGUUCACAUAGAUAAAUAGUAUUUUUUGAGGAUGGGAAUAAAUCCUUUUUGGGGGAAAAGCACUGGAUUAAUACACAUAUAUGGACAGCAAUUAUGCUUUCAUUAAAGGUAAUGUAUUAAAUUGAACUCUAACACUGGAAUUUAAAUGUAAUAAAAACCAAUACUAGCAUACAUAAUAUCCAAGAAAUUACAACAUUGACUAGUUUUGGUUAUGUCACUUUUAUAAUUAAUGGUAGUUGUUAAUCCCUGUGCUUGUAUUUAAUUGGGAGUCAAAUCAUUUUCAAGUAACCACAAAAGUAUUUUUAAAUUAUUACAAUUAUUUUCCCUUGUGAUUUUCUACUUAAAUCAUAACCUAAUUCUAAGUGUAUGGAAUUAGGUUUUGUAGCUCAAAGGUUGCUGUUUCCAUUUUAUUUCAUAUUUUACGGUAAAGUCAAGGGAGUGCCUCUUGCACGCAUAUAUUCCCAGGCUGGAUUCACACCUUACUUAAUUGUAUUAUAUUGGAAAACUGGGCGUUACAUCAUACUAAAUCCAAACCAACCAUAGUAUGUUUCAAUACAAUGUACAAACUAUGUUUCUCUUUUCACACUUCCUCUUUUAUAUGCUUUCUAAAUUAAAGCCACUGUUUCCAUAGUGACAUGUCAUUCAGAACGGAAGACUCAAUGGAGUGAAUGGUUGAUGAAAUAACCAGCUUCAUAAUGGAAUGAAAAUGGAUAUUGUCCAAACCUAUAGCAAAGCAUUUGAUAUUUAUUGAGAUUCUUUUUUGUUGUUCUGGAAUAUUAUGUGGAUCUGAAGUGGGAAUAAAACUUUUUCCAACAUC